UCUUAUGCAAUGCAUUAAUGUUAAUAAAUUGAACCUUAUUGCAGAACAACCCAGAUGGGUAUAUCAAGGUAAAAAAUAAAAUGUAGCUUAAUAUGAAUAUUUUCCUUUUAAUGUAUCUGUAUUUAGAGUUUAAAAUUGUUAGGCUAAUGGUUUGCAUUAGUGAACUUUAAAAUAUGUGCUGGCAAAUCAAAUUUUGAAGGACAAAAACUUGUCUGAGAUGCACUUAAAGAAUAAUCAGCAACUCUCUUCAUGAAAUGUAUGCUUACCGUUCACACUUAACAUGCGAUGCAAUUUGUGUCAACAAUACAGGAAGUUGAGGGUAGCAGCGAAAAGGAAGCUACAAAAGAGAAACUUGAGCGGCUUAAAGUGUUCAGCUCUGUGCUCUGCUAAAAAACCCAAGACUGCUAAGUAGAUGGAUUCUUGAAGGAUUACCAGAAGCCAUGUCCGGUAGGAGAUCCAAGAAGAACCAGAGACUUGGUUCAUCUCGGCGAGGUCCUAAAGGUCUUAACAGAAAAAUUGAGAAAGAUGAUGAGGAAGAUGAUGGGUUUCAGCAGAUUGCAGAGAGUGGUGAUGGGCAAAAUGAAUUUCACACCCUCACUGAUUACCAUUCAGCCCAGUUUGAUCUUCCACCAAGCUCAAGUAUUGAACAACAAACAUCUGUGUUAGAAUGUCCUCCACAUGCAAGGAGUCAAAAUGAUUCGCUCAUUGAGACUGAACUGCCAGAACGGAAAAGAAAAAUGGGAUCAACUCGCAAGAGUGCUGGUGGGUUUAAAGUUGAGAGGAAACUUGAGGUGAGGACCACUGAAGAUUUAGAUGAAUAUGUAACUCAAUCAAACACAUCAGCCUCUGAAGAGCAAAAUCCAUCUCUCACAGAAGAUGAGCAAUCAAGUUCAUCAAGUUUUUCUUCUAAUUUAUCCCUUCAAGCUGAAAGUUCUGGGUUGGGAGGGGAGCCUCGAGCAUCUGUUAAGGUUGUGGUUUCAGAAAAUGAAGAAGAAGAUGCAAUACACCAUCAAGAAAUAACGUCUCAUUCAUAUGAGGUAGUUAGUGAUACGCCUAUAGACAAGGCAAUGGGGGAAUCUGUCAAUUCUGCAGCUGCUACAGUAGCUGAACGUGAUUUGUUGCAGGAGGAUUCAGUCAUGUUUAAUGAACUAAAGACAUUGAGUCGCCAAGAAACCCCAUCAGCCUGCACCUCUGGUCAAAAAACAAAGAUUGGAUCAACUCGGAGGCCUCUCGGUGGGAAAAACAGUGAAAAUGUAGGUUUGCAAGAACAUUCGAGAAGCAUGACAGAGAAUGAAAGGAAAGCAGAAGUCAUAGACGAAGCAAAGUUCAGCAUGUCAGAAGAGAUGGUGCAAAUGUGGGAUGAUGUGGCAAGAGAUGAUCCAUCGUCCUACACAGAAUCAUCUUUGGUUUCAAAUCAGUCUCUCUUGGCUAAGAGAGCUGAGCUGAACAAGCCUGAUGUUUCAGUUGGAACUGAAACUAUGAAUCAAUCAGUUGUUUUUCCCCUUGUUGAUCCAGAAAAGUCCCUACCUGAAACAUCUAGCCACCAUGGUACUCUAUUACUCAACAAGGGUUUGGAUUUUAAAUUUGGUUCAAACACUGAGGAUUUUGAUGUUCCAAACAAAGUUUUGGAAGAAGCAGGAAAUAAUUUAAGUGAUGACAAUCAACAUGUAACUGAUACAAGAAAUUAUACAAACACAUCUCACAACUGUAGAGAUGUAAACACAGUAGAAGGCGAGGAGGUUCUAAAGCAGAAAGAGGAACCAUCUACAAACAAUAAAAUGAGUAGUUUAUCGCCAGGACAGGAUGCACAUUUAGAGGAACUUGUGUUAAAUUCUGAGAAAUCGCCUUCACUAAGCCAAAAUGAUAACUUUGACCAUUCUACUGCUCAACGUAUAGAUGGAGGAAAUAGCAGUUUUGAUGUGCCUGCGUCUAAUAUUAGCCAUGCUAAACUCACAACCACCAACUCACCACAUGAGAUGAGCGAUGCUGUUGAACAAAGCCAUAAGAUUUAUGUGGAAAUGAAACAUGAAAAUGAUGUUAGUGAUGUUGCUUCAAUGACAUGUGAUUCUCUUACUGAGUUAGAGUGUGAUGAAAGAGGUCCAGUCCAGGGUGAUGCAAGAGAUCACAUUGUAACACAAAUAAUAAUGGAAGUAACAAAUAUUAAAGAAGACGGAGGAGAGAGCACUGAGACAAUUUUGAUUUCAAAUCAGAAACCGUGUGAAGAUUCAACUGCAAAAGAGGAGUUGCAUAGAGAACAAGAACAAGACUAUUCAUCAACUAUAUCUCGAACACAAAGUGGUCCACCACAAGAUAAUGCUGGGAAGAUGCUAGAAAAUGAGGAGGUUAGAGAAGAUAAAGAAGAGACUGGGACUACUGUAAUUAAUGAUGUGACCUCAAAGUCAGAGGAAAUGCUUAGUUUUGAAGACUCAGCAACAGAGACAGGAUCUCAUGAAAACCAACAACUGUUUAUGCAGUCUCAUGCUAAAUAUGAUUUAAGUGAAAGUGGAUCUGAGGAAACUGAAAAGCAAGUAACAUUUUUCAGUGCCGAAUCAGAGAAUGCAGCUUUUGAUAAAAGUGUUGGAAGAAGUGAAGAGACAGAAGGAAUUGAGGGGAUGGAUGCAGCAGUCCUGAUAUUAGAGUUGAAAAAACCUCUAACCAAUGUUUGCACAGUGUUUAAUGAUAGCAAAUCAGAUUUACAAAUAGAACAUCCAGAGCAAAACAAAAUAUUAACAGAAGAGCAAAAUGAUACUUCCCCUGAUAUAAACCUGGAAGCAUUUCAAAUAUCAGAUAAGAUUUGUACUGAGAUUGAUUCUAGUGUCAUCUUGCAAGUAGCUGUGAGUUCAGAAGAGACAGACUCUGUUAAUGAAGAAAGUGAUAUCAGCCCUGUCAUUCCUGAAGAUUCUCAAGAUUCUUACAAGCUUCCAACAUUUCAUUCAGAGACCCAGGAAAAUGAAGGAGAUACUGACAUACUGCCAGUAGGGGGAGACACAGACUUAGAAAUUCAAACACAGAGCAAAACUUUUUACUCAUCAACCAGUGAAGCUGUAAGAACAGAAGAGAAAGUUAGAGAAUUUGAGGUUGAUGGAGACACAGUAACAGGGAAGAGUAACAGGAAUUCUAUUCAAACCUCUUCUGAAGCACUGAAAGUAUCUGAAAGUCCUGAGAAUGAGGUUUCAAGUGAAAUCAACAUAAUCCUUGAAGAUACUCACAGAGGGGAGGUACACACACAAUCAAGCCCAGUUGUUUAUAAGAGAAAAAUGGGCUCAACUCGAAGGCCUCUCAAAGGGAAUAAAGGACAAAGAAAGGGAAUGAAAUAUCAUGAUGAAGAUGAGACACUUGACAGUGAAGCUACGAUGAAUGUAGAGAAAGAAACAUUCAACUUGGAGGAUGAACCCAGUCCAGAUAAAUCUACAUCUCAAAGCUCAAAAGAUGGAGCUAAAGAACAGGAGAUGGAAAUAUGUGAGAAGAAUGAUGUUGUUUCUGUUGAAGGGUCUGAAUCUGCUCUCGAACAGUCGUCAUUUAGUUUAGAUUCAGUGUCUGAGGAAUCCACUGCAGUAACUAUCUCUCACAUCACAGAAUCACAAACCCUGACAGAAAUUAAUGUACAGUCCCAGGAAAAUACUGGAGAUGCUGAAAGAGGGACAGCAGAGGGAGGUACAGAAUCACACUCAGAAAUUCAAACAGAAAUCAAACCGACAGACUUAACAACAUCUGAAGCAGAAAGAACAGAAGACAGCAUCCGUCAUGCUACUGUUUUAGUUGAAGAAGUUGAGUUUAUUGUAGAUACAGUUACAGUGGAGGGUAACAUGACUGAGUCUGAUCUGCUUCAAAAUGACACUGUCACUGUUGAAAAUCUGGAAACAUUGAAAGUAUCUGAAAAUAUUGAGAAUGUUUCUUUUGUGACUGAUACUGGUCUUCUUGUGCAAGGUGAUGCCACCGAAGGAUCAGGAAAGACAAACACAAUUCCUGAUAAAAGUGACACCAACACCAUUCCUGAAAAUACUCACAGAGAGGAGGCACACUCAAAAUCGAGUCCAGUUGUUCAGAGGAGAAAAAUGGGCUCAACUCGAAGACCUCUCAAAGGGAAUAAAGGACAAAGAAAGGGUAUGAAAUAUCAUGAUGAAGAUGAGACACUUGACAGUGAAGCUACGAUGAAUGUAGAGAAAGAAACAUUCAACUUGGAGGAUGAACCCAGUCCAGAUAAAUCUACAUCUCAAAGCUCAAAAGAUGGAGCUAAAGAACAAGAGAUGGAAAUAUGUGAGAAGAAUGAUGUUGGUUCUGUUGAAGGGUCUGAAUCUGCUCUCGAACAGUCGUCAUUUAGUUUAGAUUCAGUGUCUGAGGAAUCCACUGCAGUAACUAUCUCUCACAUCACAGAAUCACAAACCCUGACAGAAAUUAAUGUAGAGUCCCAGGAAAAUACUGGAGAUGCUGAAAGAGGGACAGCAGAGGGAGGUACAGAAUCACACUCAGAAAUUCAAACAGAAACCAAACCAACAGACUUAACAACAUCGGUAGAAGAAAGAACAGAAGACGGUAUCUGUCAUGCUACUGUUUUAGUUGAAGAAGUUGAGUUUAUUGUAGAUUCAGUUACAGUGGAGAGUAAUAAGUCUGAUCUGCUUCAAAAUGAUACUGUCACUGUUGUAAAUAUGGAAACAUGUAAAGUGUCUGAAAAUAUUGAGAAUGUUUCUUUUGUGACUGAUACUGGUCUUCUUGUGCAAGAUGAUGCCACUGAAGGAUCAGGAGAGACAAACACAAUUCCUGAUCAAAGUGACACCAAUACCAUUCCUGAAGAUACUCACAGAGAGGAGGCACACUCAAAAUCAAGUCCAAUUGUUCAGAGGAGAAAAAUGGGCUCAACUCGAAGACCUCUCAAAGGGAAUAAAGGACAAAGAAAGGGAAUGAAAUAUCAUGAUGAAAAUGAGACACUUGACAGUGAAGCUACAAUGAAUGUAGAGAAAGAAACAUUCAGCUUGGAGGAUGAACCCAGUCCAGAUAAAUCUACAUCUCAAAGCUCAAAAGAUGGAGCUAAAGAACAAGAGAUGGAAAUAUGUGAGAAGAAUGAUGUUGGUUCUGUUGAAGGGACUGAAUCUGCUCUCAUACAGUCGUCAUUUAGUUUAGAUUCAGUGUCUGAGGAAUCCACUGCAGUAACUAUCUCUCACAUCACAGAAUCACAAACCCUGACAGAAAUUAAUGUAGAGUCCCAGGAAAAUACUGGAGAUGCUGAAAGAGGGCCAGCAGAGGGAGGUACAGAAUCACACUCAGAAAUUCAAACAGAAACCAAACCGACAGACUUAACAACAUCGGCAGAAGAAAGAACAGAAGAAAACAUCUCUGAAGCUACUGUUUUAGUUGAAGAAGUUGAGUUUAUUGUAGAUUCAGUUACAGUGGAGAGUAAUAAGUCUGAUCUGCUUCAAAAUGAUACUGUCACUGUUGAAAAUCUGGAAACAUUUAAAGUAUCUGAAAAUAUUGAGAAUGUUUCUUUUGUGACUGAUACUGGUCUUCUUGUGCAAGAUGAUGCCACUGAAGGAUCAGGAGAGACAAACACAAUUCCUGAUCAAAGUGACACCAACACCAUUCCUGAAGAUACUCACAGAGAGGAGGCACACUCAAAAUCGAGUCCAAUUGUUCAGAGGCGAAAAAUGGGCUCAACUCGAAGACCUCUCAAAGGGAAUAAAGGACAAAGAAAGGGUAUGAAAUAUCAUGAUGAAGAUGAGACACUUGACAGUGAAGCUACGAUGAAUGUAGAGAAAGAAACAUUCAACUUGGAGAAUGAACCCAGUCCAGAUAAAUCUACAUCACAAAGCUCAAAAGAUGGAGCUAAAGAACAAGAGAUGGAAAUAUGUGAGAAGAAUGAUGUUGGUUCUGUUGAAGGGUCUGAAUCUGCUCUCGAUCAGUCGUCAUUUAGUUUAGAUUCAGUGUCUGAGGAAUCCACUGCAGUAACUAUCUCUCACAUCACAGAAUCACAAACCCUGACAGAAAUUAAUGUACAGUCCCAGGAAAAUACUGGAGAUGCUGAAAGAGGGCCAGCAGAGGGAGGUAGAGAAUCACACUCAGAAAUCAAACCGACAGACUUAACGACAUCAGCAGCAGAAAGAACAGAAGAAAACAUCUGUGAAGCUACUGUUUUAGUUGAAGAAGUUGAGUUUAUUGUAGAUUCAGUUACAGUGGAGAGUAAUAAGUCUGAUCUGCUUCAAAAUGACACUGUCACUGUUGUAAAUAUGGAAACAUUUAAAGUAUCUGAAAAUAUUGAGAAUGUUUCUUCUGUGACUGAUACUGGUCUUCUUGUUCAAGGUGAUGUCACUGAAGGAUCAGGAAAGACAAACACAAUUCCUGAUCAAAGUGACACCAAUACCAUUCCUGAAGAUACUCACAGAGAGGAGGCACACUCAAAAUCGAGUCCAAUUGUUCACAAGCGAAAAAUGGGCUCAACUCGAAGACCUCUCAAAGGGAAUAAAGGACAAAGAAAGGGUAUGAAAUAUCAUGAUGAAGAUGAGACACUUGACAGUGAAGCUACGAUGAAUGUAGAGAAAGAAACAUUCAACUUGGAGGAUGAACCCAGCCCAGAUAUAUCUACAUCUCAAAGCUCAAAAGAUGGAGCUAAAGAACAGGAGAUGGAAAUAUGUGAGAAGAAUGAUGUUGGUUCUGUUGAAGGGUCUGAAUCUGCUCUCGAACAGUCGUCAUUUAGUUUAGAUUCAGUGUCUGAGGAAUCCACUGCAGUAACUAUCUCUCACAUCACAGAAUCACAAACCCUGACAGAAAUUAAUGUACAGUCCCAGGAAAAUACUGGAGACGCUGAAAGAGGGCCAGCAGAGGGAGGUACAGAAUCACACUCAGAAAUUCAAACAGAAACCAAACCGACAGACUUAACAACAUCGGCAGAAGAAAGAACAGAAGAAAACAUCUCUGAAGCUACUGUUUUAGUUGAAGAAGUUGAGUUUAUUGUAGAUUCAGUUACAGUGGAGAGUAAUAAGUCUGAUCUGCUUCAAAAUGACACUGUCACUGUUGUAAAUAUGGAAACAUUUAAAGUAUCUGAAAAUAUCGAAAAUGUUUCUUCUGUGACUGAUACUGGUCUUCUUGUGCAAGAUGAUGCCACAGAAGCAUCAGGAGAGACAAACACAAUUCCUGAUCAAAGUGACACCAACACCAUUCCUGAAGAUACUCACAGAGAGGAGGCACACUCAAAAUCGAGUCCAAUUGUUCAGAGGAGAAAAAUGGGCUCAACUCGAAGACCUCUCAAAGGGAAUAAAGGACAAAGAAAGGGAAUGAAAUAUCAUGAUGAAGAUGAGACACUUGACAGUGAAGCUACGAUGAAUGUAGAGAAAGAAACAUUCAACUUGGAGGAUGAACCCAGUCCAGAUAAAUCUACAUCUCAAAGCUCAAAAGAUGGAGCUAAAGAACAAGAGAUGGAAAUAUGUGAGAAGAAUGAUGUUGGUUCUGUUGAAGGGUCUGAAUCUGCUCUCGAACAGUCGUCAUUUAGUUUAGAUUCAGUGUCUGAGGAAUCCACUGCAGUAACUAUCUCUCACAUCACAGAAUCACAAACCCUGACAGAAAUUAAUGUACAGUCCCAGGAAAAUACUGGAGACGCUGAAAGAGGGACAGCAGAGGGAGGUACAGAAUCACACUCAGAAAUUCUAACAGAAAACAAAUCGACAGACUUAACAACAUCUGCAGAAGAAAGAACAGAAGAAAACAUCUGUGAAGCUACUGUUUUAGUUGAAGAAGUUGAGUUUAUUGUAGAUUCAGUUACAGUGGAGAGUAAUAAGUCUGAUCUGCUUCAAAAUGACACUGUCACUGUUGUAAAUAUGGAAACAUUUAAAGUAUCUGAAAAUAUCGAAAUUGUUUCUUCUGUGACUGAUACUGGGCUUCUUGUUCAAGGUGAUGUCACUGAAGGAUCAGGAAAGACAAACACAAUUCCUGAUCAAAGUGACACCAACACCAUUCCUGAAGAUACUCACAGAGAGGAGGCACACUCAAAAUCGAGUCCAAUUGUUCACAAGCGAAAAAUGGGCUCAACUCGAAGACCUCUCAAAGGGAAUAAAGGACAAAGAAAGGGUAUGAAAUAUCAUGAUGAAAAUGAGACACUUGACAGUGAAGCUACGAUGAAUGUAGAGAAAGAAACAUUCAACUUGGAGGAUGAACCCAGCCCAGAUAAAUCUACAUCUCAAAGCUCAAAAGAUGGAGCUAAAGAACAAGAGAUGGAAAUAUGUGAGAAGAAUGAUGUUGGUUCUGUUGAAGGGUCUGAAUCUGCUCUCGAACAGUCGUCAUUUAGUUUAGAUUCAGUGUCUGAGGAAUCCACUGCAGUAACUAUCUCUCACAUCACAGAAUCACAAACCCUGACAGAAAUUAAUGUACAGUCCCAGGAAAAUACUGGAGACGCUGAAAGAGGGCCAGCAGAGGGAGGUACAGAAUCACACUCAGAAAUUCAAACAGAAACCAAACCGACAGACUUAACAACAUCUGAAGCAGAAAGAACAGAAGACAGCAUCCGUCAUGCUACUGUUUUAGUUGAAGAAGUUGAGUUUAUUGUAGAUUCAGUUACAGUGGAGAGUAAUAAGUCUGAUCUGCUUCAAAAUGAUACUGUCACUGUUGAAAAUCUGGAAACAUUUAAAGUAUCUGAAAAUAUUGAGAAUGUUUCUUUUGUGACUGAUACUGGUCUUCUUGUGCAAGAUGAUGCCACUGAAGGAUCAGGAGAGACAAACACAAUUCCUGAUCAAAGUGACACCAACACCAUUCCUGAAGAUACUCACAGAGAGGAGGCACACUCAAAACCAAGUCCAAUUGUUCAGAGGCGAAAAAUGGGCUCAACUCGAAGACCUCUCAAAGGGAAUAAAGGACAAAGAAAGGGUAUGAAAUAUCAUGAUGAAAAUGAGACACUUGACAGUGAAGCUACGAUGAAUGUAGAGCAAGAAACAUUCAGCUUGGAGAAUGAACCCAGUCCAGAUAAAUCUACAUCACAAAGCUCAAAAGAUGGAGCUAAAGAACAAGAGAUGGAAAUAUGUGAGAAGAAUGAUGUUGGUUCUGUUGAAGGGUCUGAAUCUGCUCUCGAACAGUCGUCAUUUAGUUUAGAUUCAGUGUCUGAGGAAUCCACUGCAGUAACUAUCUCUCACAUCACAGAAUCACAAACCCUGACAGAAAUUAAUGUACAGUCCCAGGAAAAUACUGGAGACGCUGAAAGAGGGCCAGCAGAGGGAGGUACAGAAUCACACUCAGAAAUUCAAACAGAAACCAAACCGACAGACUUAACAACAUCGGCAGAAGAAAGAACAGAAGAAAACAUCUCUGAAGCUACUGUUUUAGUUGAAGAAGUUGAGUUUAUUGUAGAUUCAGUUACAGUGGAGAGUAAUAAGUCUGAUCUGCUUCAAAAUGACACUGUCACUGUUGUAAAUAUGGAAACAUUUAAAGUAUCAGAAAAUAUCGAAACUGUUUCUUCUGUGACUGAUACUGGUCUUCUUGUUCAAGGUGAUGUCACUGAAGGAUCAGGAAAGACAAACACAAUUCCUGAUCAAAGUGACACCAAAACCAUUCCUGAAGAUACUCACAGAGAGGAGGCACACUCAAAAUCGAGUCCAAUUGUUCACAAGCGAAAAAUGGGCUCAACUCGAAGGCCUCUCAAAGGGAAUAAAGGACAAAGAAAGGGAAUGAAAUAUCAUGAUGAAGAUGAGACACUUGACAGUGAAGCUACGAUGAAUGUAGAGAAAGAAACAUUCAGCUUGAAGGAUGAACCCAGUCCAGAUAAAUCUACAUCUCAAAGCUCAAAAGAUGGAGCUAAAGAACAGGAGAUGGAAAUGUGUGAGAAGAAUGAUGUUGGUUCUGUUGAAGGGACUGAAUCUGCUCUCGAACAGUCGUCAUUUAGUUUAGAUUCAGUGUCUGAGGAAUCCACUGCAGUAACCAUCUCUCACAUCACAGAAUCACAAACCCUGACAGAAAUGUAUGAAGAGUCCCAGGUAACAACUGGGGAUGCUGAAAGAGUGAAACAUGAAAAUGUUGAGAAUAAAGUUUCAAGAGAAACAAAAACAAUUACUGAGCCAAGGGACAUCAACUUCAUUCCUGAAGACUCUCACAGAGAGGAGGUACACACAAAAUUUAGUCCAGUUGUUCACAAGCAAAAAAUGGGCUCAACUCGAAGACCUCUCAGAGGGAACAAAGGACAAAUGAAAGUGAGAGUAGAAGUGUCAGGAGAAGAAGAAACAGAAACACUCUCAGAUGAUUUAAAGCAAGAGCAAAUAUCAGUUGUAUCUCAAACACAAACUGGUCCAGUACAGGAUGAUACCGGCUCACAUUUAUUAGAUGUCCCAGAGAAAACUGCAGAUUUUGCUAGAGACGGCCUUACAAGUCAUUCUGAUCUUGUCUUGUCUGAUGCCCUGCUUAUGGAGCAGACUCAAAUUCAUGUGUCAUCUGAGAAUGUUUUCAAGAGUGACACUCGUGUAUCUCCAGCAGAGGUAGUUGAAAUGCCUUCAGUCUCCAACAGAUCUUUGCAGAAGAGAAAAAUGGGAUCAACUCGGAAGAGAGGGAAGGGGAUGGUAAAUGAAGAUGUUGAAGAAGAGAAGGAGGGAGAAGCUCAAAAUACAACAACUGAUGAUGGUACCACAAAGUCUGAGGAGAAAUUAAUUCUUGAAGAAUCCAUGACAGGAUCUCUUGUACAUCAGCAUACAUUUGGUUCAUCUGCUGGUAAAGAAAGCCAUGACAUUCAGGAUGUUGUUAGUAAAUCAGACGUGCGGACAGAAAACUCUGAACAAAAUGAUCAAAAUCAAGCUGCUGAGAUUGUUUUAGACCUUCCUUUGGGAGAUGUUGAGACAUACUCAGUUCCUGAACAAAGUAAAAUCACAAGCAUUCUUCCUGAAGAGUUUCACAGAAAAGAUAUACAAUCAAACUCGAUUACAGAUGUUAAAAAACGAAAAAUGGGGUCAACACGUAAAACACUCAGAGGAAACAAAGGGCAAAGAGGAGAAGUAGAAUCCAAAACAAUGGAUGCAGAGUGUAAAGGAAUGGCAAAGGAGCAGGACACAGACCCACAUUUAGCAGUCAGUAAAGGAGAAAAUAAAUGUAAACUGGAUGAACAAAACUUCCCUGUUGAAUUUUCUCAUCAAGCAUCUAUUUCAAACAUGUUUUCUGAAUCAGAAGAUGGAGUGAAGGAAGUUUCUCUCAAUAUCCAUGACACAUCUGAGGUGAGUGAGGAAAAGGGAAUGGAGAAUACUGUAAAUGACAGUAAUAGUCUGACUGAGGCAAUCAAUCUCUAUGGGGGGACAAUGGACAAAUUUGACUUGACAGUCAGUUGUGAAUAUAUUCAUCAGACCAUGUCUGCAGAUUACCCUGAUCAGCAUGUUCAUGGAGAAUCCGAGCCUGAACAAACUGAAACCAUAUGCCAAGUUUUUCCAACACAAGUACUAAAAAACAUUCAAGAUGAUGUUGUUCAUGAAAACAGCUCUCAAAAAAUACCAUCUACCCAAGAAAAGAGACGAAAGAUCAGCUCCACUCGGAAAAAUCCUCGAGUAAUGCAUGGGAAAAAUAUGGGUGACCAGUAUGAUAUACAUGGUAUGGCAAUGGAUGGAGGAGCUAAAAAAGCAGAGAAUGAUUUGGAUGAUAUGCCUUUAGCAUCAAACAUGAGUCAGCCCAAGGAAAUGUCCCCAGAAGCUGUCAGUGCCAUAGAUAUUGAAUCAGAAAUGUUAGUUAGUGAUUUAAAAGGAGGUGAAAAUGAUUAUCAGAACAAUUCUGACCCAACUAGAACAACUGGACAUGAAACACCUGAAAAUACUGAAGAUCAGUUAGUAAGUGUUGAUGUUACCAAACAUCUACAGCCAAAGACUGUUCCAGUUGAGAAAAGAAGGAAGAUGGGCUCGACUCGGAAAAAUGUCAGAGAAGGAAGAAUACGGGGGAAGAGAGAUGUAUAUGAGGACACGGAGACUGCAGAAACACAUCUGCAGAUGUCUCAGGACUCUGAAAUGAGCCUAGUAGGAAAAGCUGUAGGAGAACAAACAAUUCACAAUUACUCUGAUCAGUCAGAAGGUUCACUUCUUAGUGAGAUAGAGAGAGCUUUAAAUAAUACUUCUCAAAGUUCAUCAAUUCAUGAAUUGAUUGUGCCAAACUCAGAUGACUUAGUGAGUACUUCUCAUCUCAACAAGCCAGAAAACUCAGAAAUCAAAUCUCUUCAGCCGAAACCAUCACAGAGCUCCGAAACUCACAGUGAACCCAACUCACCAGAAAGACGAAGAAGAAAAAUGGGCUCAACUCGCAAGAAUCCCAGACAGGAGAUCAAAGCAGAAAGGGAGGAUGAAGACAAAGAGGAUGGGGAGAUGGAAGGCAACUUAGAGGCAAAUAAGCAAGAAAUGAAGAACCUUGAAAUAGUUGCGACGUCUGUAGUGCAUAAUAUCCCUGAAAAUAAACUGAAUAAAGAGUACCUUGAUGUCCCCAGUGCACACACAAGUAGCAGUCAGUUAGAAGAAAGCAGUAACUCUAUUGUCCAAGAAAGGUCGUCGCCUUCAACUAAAAGGAAGUUUGGGUCCAGACGCACUAAUAAGGGCAAACAAGGCCUUGGUAGGCUGGACGCCUCUGAUUGUAAGAGCGAAUUAGGAGAUGAUGUUGAUGACAAUCUUCGCAAUGACUUACCGAUUUGUGAUACGCAUCUCUGCUUACAACCAGAGAAUCAGCCAAUUUUCCAACCAAUCUCUGAGCAGAGCAACAUGGACGCCAGAAAUGAAGAAGCUGCUACAAAAGGCACUGGUGCUGGUAUUGUUUGUUUGGACCAGAUCAUAAAACAUGAUAGAAGCACUGGAACUAGACAGACAAUACAUUUAAAGAACAGGAAUAGUGAAUUACCAUUUAACGUUGUUAUGGUGGGAAACAGCUGUGUGGGGAAGACUUCCUUUAUAAGACGCAUCCAUGAAGGCCAGUUCACUCAGGAUUACCGUUCUACUAUUGGUGUUGAUACCUGUAUGCAAACUGUUGAGCUGCCUGACAGAACUGUUAAACUGCAGAUAUGGGACACAGCAGGUCAAGAGAGGUUUCACAGCAUCACCACACAAGUGUUCCACAAGGCUGAUGGGCUUCUGUUCAUGUAUGAAAUUACAUGUUCAAAGAGUUUUAUUUCUGUACGAGAUUGGAUCUCUCAAGCUCGGGAAAGGGCUCCUGAUGAUGCCAUCAUGAUAUUGCUCGGAAACAAGAAUGAUUCUGUUGAGCGGAAAGUUCAGAUUCAGGAAGGGGAGGAUCUGGCCAGAGAGUAUAAAAUACAUUUCAUGGAGUGCAGUGCUGCAACUGGGGAUAAUGCAUCAGAAUCCUUGAGGACACUUGCAGAGUUGUUAGUGGAGCGCAAGAAACGAAAAGAGAAACACACAACAUUAAGAAGAGAACCACCACCAAAGAAAUCUGGUUGCUGUUAAAAACACACUCCCACACAUGGAGAUGCACUACGAUUCAAAAGUUUUAGUCAGUACAUUUAAAAAAAAAAAAAUUAAUUAAUACUUUUAUUCAACAAGGAUCCUGAAAAAAAUGUAUCACAACUUCCACAGGCAUUUUAAUAAGAACAACCAUUUUCAAACUUGAUGAUUGAGAAAUGUUUAUUGGGCACCAAAUCAGCAUAUUAGAAUGAUAUCUGAAGGAUCCUGUGACACUGAAGACUGGAAUUAUUUACACUUUAAAAAUAUAUAUUAAAUCUUAUUGACUCCAAACCUUUGAAGGUAGUGUACAAACACUUUUCAAAAA